AGAUGUCCUUAGGCUGUACCUGCCUGACUCUGACGUUUUUUCUGGCUGGAUGUAUCUCUGGCGUGUCGGCGGCGUUCAAGUUUAACCCCAACCUCUACUGCGAUCUGCCGUACUGUGGACCGCACAACCUAGUUUGUGUGAAGAGCAACUUCACCUUUCAAUGCAAGCCCUCGGGUAAGUUUGUGAACUUGCGGCACCACCAGAACGAAAUAGUUGGGGCGUUGAAUAGCUUUCGGAAUAAGGCCGCCACCGGAGUGACGCGAUAUCUGCUGCCGGCCGGAAGGAUGGCUCGUAUGAGCUGGUCCGAAGAGCUCGAGUACUUCGCCAGGGCCGAUCUCAUGACCUGCAUGCCCCUGCCGCGCCCCUGCAUGACAUCGCCGAAUAUACCCAACAUUGGCAGUAUCUUCGACACCACCGCCUACCCGGGAAAGGAGAAGAAAAACGUUGACGUGGUCCUCAGUAUGAUAGCAGGAUGGGCAAAGGAGGCACAGUAUGUGACCAGACAGCAAACAGUAUACCUUGAAGAGCGCAAGGAUUCUAGAUCGACAUACAAGCCAGUUCUGCUGAUGACGGAACGCAAUACGCAGGUGGGAUGUGCUGGUUUCAAAUUUACCCAGGACCGAAUCAACUAUUUUUACGUGAGCUGCUGCUUUUCCACAGUCGGCAUGAAGCACACGGCCAUCUACCAAAUCGCCUUGAAGCCGGGUGUGCUCUGCAAGCGUCGUGAUGUCAAAUAUAAGAAUCUGUGCGCCAUCGGAGAGAAGUAUCCGGAGAAUACGCAAAUUUAUUCCGAUCAAUACAUGUGAUGGAUAAAAACUACUCCAUGAUAAUAUAUCCUCUCAUAAGGGCAUACUCGUAA